CUUCCGGCUUUCUUGCUGCUGUCCGCUUGGGAGCUCAGGUUUAUCAACUCUGCAGUUCUCCAACAAAGAAAUAUUAAAGAAGACUGACUAGUUCUUGGGGUUCUAAAACCAUGGCUGAUGGUUCAGUGACAUUCAGAGAUGUGGCUAUAGACUUCUCACAGGAAGAAUGGGAAUUCCUGGACUCUGCUCAGAGGGACUUAUAUAGGGAUGUAAUGUGGGAGAACUAUAGCAACUUCAUCUCACUAGGAGCUUCUAUUUCUAAACCAGAUAUGAUUACCUUAUUGGAUGAAGAAGGGAAGGAACCUGGGAUGAUUGUGAAGGAAGGGAUAAGAAACUUAUACCCUGGCAUUGCCUUUAGGUGCGGGACCAAUACCUUAUCUCCAGAAAAGGACAUUUAUGAAAUAUGUUCACUACAGUGGGAGAUAAUGGAAAGAAUAAAGAGCUAUAACUUUCAGGGUUCCAUUUUUAGAAAUGACUGUGAAUGCAAAAGCAAAAUUGAGGGCCAAAAAGAACCACAAGGAGGGUAUUUUGGGCAGGCAAAAAUUGGCUCUGAAAAAAUGACCACUUAUAAAAAGCAAAAAUUUUUUACGGAUUAUCAGAGAAUUAACAAUGGAGAAAAGUUGUAUGAAUGUAAGGAAUGUAGGAAGACUUUUAUUCGUCGCUCAACACUUAGUCAACAUCUAAGAAUUCAUACUGGUGAGAAACCUUAUAAAUGUAAAGAAUGUGGGCAGGCCUUUAGGCAGCGUGCACACCUUAUUCGACAUCACAAACUUCAUACUGGUGAGAAACCCUAUGAAUGUAAGGACUGUGGCAAGGCUUUUACAGUGCUCCAAGAACUUACUCAACAUCAGAGGCUUCAUACUGGUGAAAAACCUUAUGAAUGCAAGGAAUGUGGAAAGGCCUUUAGAGUUCAUCAGCAGUUGGCUCGGCAUCAGAGAAUUCAUACUGGUGAGAAGCCCUAUGAGUGUAAGGACUGUGGGAAGACCUUUCGACAGUGUACACAUCUUACAAGACACCAGAGACUUCAUACUUCUGAAAAGCUGUAUGAAUGUAAGGAAUGUGGGAAGGCCUUUGUAUGUGGCCCAGACCUUAGAGUACAUCAGAAAAUUCAUUUUGGUGAGAAACCCUAUGCAUGUAAGGAAUGUGGAAAGGCCUUUAGGAUAUGCCAACAGCUUACUUUAGGAUAUGUCCAUCAGAGUAUUCAUACUGGUGAAAAACCCUUUGAAUGUAAGGAAUGUGGGAAGACUUUCAGAUUAAGACAACAACUUGUUCGCCAUCAGAGAAUUCAUACUCGUGAGAAACCCUAUGAAUGCAUGGAAUGCUGGAAGACCUUUAGUAGUUACUCACAACUGAUUUCACAUCAGAGCAUUCAUAUUGGUGAAAGACCAUAUGAAUGUGAAGAAUGUGGGAAGGCCUUCAGACUGCUCUCACAGCUUACUCAACAUCAGAGUAUUCACACUGGGGAGAAACCUUAUGAAUGUAAAGAAUGUAGAAAACCUUUCAGAUUGCUCUCACAACUUACUCAGCAUCAGAGUAUUCACACUGGAGAGAAACCUUAUGAAUGUAAGGAAUGUGGGAAGGCUUUUAGACUUUAUUCAUUCCUUACUCAACACCAGAGAAUUCAUACUGGUGAGAAACCCUACAAGUGUAAGGAAUGUAAGAAGGCAUUUACACCACUGAGUUCAUUUUCUCAACACCAAAGGAUUCACACUGGUGAGAAGCCCUAUGAAUGUAAAGAAUGUGGAAAAGCUUUCAGUAGUGCCUCAACACUUACUAAUCAUCACAGAAUUCACACUGGUGAGAAAUUCUAUGAAUGUAAAGAGUGUGGAAAGGCCUUUAUUCAGAGCUCAGAACUUAUUCAACAUAAGAGAAUCCAUACAGAUGAAAAACCAUAUGAAUGUAAUAAGUGUGGGAAGGCCUUUAAUAAAAGCUCAAACCUUACUUGGCAUCAGAGAAUUCACAAGGAUGAGAAACCUUAUGACUGUCAGGACUGUGGAAAGGCCUUUGCUAGUCAUUCAGACAUCAUUCAUCAUGAAGGAAUUCAUAUUAGAUAA